AUGCAAUGGAAAGGGAAGUUACACCACGACCGACAACAAUAUGGCCCUGAUGAGGAUGUAUGCCUGCUAACUGCUCGACUAAAUUCCACAGAGAUUGAUGAUAUUUCAGUGUUAUUGGAGAAUGGUAAAAACAAUUUUCUUAAGAACACUAAAGAAAGUGAGAAUCUUGGAUUCGACAUUGCUAAUAUUGAUUUCCGGCUUGAAAAUUUUAAAGAUUUGGUUGAUGUCAUAAGAAAUUAUAACAAUGGAAGUAGUAACGAUUACUGGAGGCAGCCUGCUUUAUAUAAAGCAUCACCAGACAGCUCUGAGUAUUGCACAGAGUCAAGUAAUAUUGUUGGUGAUACAUCUGGUGGUUACCCAACUGCAAAUUACAAUACUCAGACAAAUUCAUGGAUUCAAGGUAGCCAUCCAAGUUACGCUCAUCAAUAUCCAAAUUACACUAUUGAUUCUAAUGUUGCUAUAAGAAAUCUGUACUUACAACAACAACCUUAG